AACCCUGUUAAACCUCCUCCGCCUUCAGUAAUUAGGGUUGGCUUUGGCAGAAAUUAGCAGCCGCUGAAAGCUUGACAGAGAGGAAGACGAUAUCGAGAUGGGACACUCCAACAUCUGGAAUUCUCACCCUAAGAACUACGGCCCUGGCUCUCGCGCCUGCCGUGUGUGUGGAAACUCGCAUGGUAUUAUCAGAAAGUAUGGCCUGAUGUGCUGCAGACAAUGCUUCCGCAGCAAUGCUAAGGAGAUUGGAUUCAUUAAGUAUCGUUGAAGGAAAAGGUCGUUGGCUCCUUGCUAGUGGAUUUUGUUAAGCAAGCUGCCAUUAGAGAUAAAUGGAUCCCAAGUUGUUAUUUGCUUUGUAUUUUGAACAAUUUUGGCUGUUCUAAUUUGUCAUUGAACUUGAAUUGGUAUGUGAAUCAACAAAUUCUACUAUAUGCUGUUCUUUAAUAUAGGGUAUCACAUAUUUUCUUGA